AUGUCUGGCAAUGGAGGUUGCACCGUUUACAUAGGCAAUCUGGAUGAGAGGGUUACAGACAGGGUCUUGUAUGAUAUAUUAAUUCAAGCCGGACGAGUGGUGGACUUGCACAUUCCUAAAGAUAAGGAAACUGAGAAACCUAAAGGCUUUGCCUUUGCAGAGUUUGAAACUGAGGAGAUUGCAGAAUAUGCUGUCAAACUUUUCUCAGGCCUUGUAACACUGUACAAACGGACACUAAAGUUUGCGUCUGCUAAUAAGGACAAAAACACCCCUAAUAGUUCUCCAGCUACUACACCCACUUCAAAUUCUUCUCAACGACCAAGGCCUUACCCUGUGCAAGUAACUAGUUCAGAGAAUUUUCAGCAUUCCCCUAGGCAAUCAAUACCGAGCCGAUUCUCAGAUCAUGCGGUGAAUUAUUCUCACGUUCCACCUCCUCAUCGUGUAACCGAUCAAUUUAGUGGGUAUGGAUCUCACUACAGUGGCAACCAGUAUGAUUACAGUCGGAGAGCUUUUGGGGAAGCAUUGGAUAGCCCUAACGGUUCUAGCGGUUCUAGGUCACGCCGCCCUGAUGGAAUUAGCCCAGAUUAA